AUGGCUUCUACAGAAGUUGAGUACAAAUCAUCUUCAACUCCAUCCCCUCCGGCUGGAGUGGAUUACUUUGAAGUUGAUGUGAUCCUCAGAUUUCUGUUGUUGGCGGCAUCAGUGGUGGCACUUGGAGUGAUAGUCUCCAGUGAUCAAACAGAGCUAGUGCUCUCCCAAGGUAUGCUUGUACCACAGCCAGCCAAGUUCAAGUACUCACCAGCUUUUGUAUAUUUUGUGGCUGCAUUCAGUGUCUCUGGCCUUUAUGCCCUCGUUUCUGCUCUAGCAUCUAUUGCUGUCAUACAGAAGCCAGAAUUCAAGCUGAAGUUCCUCCUCCACUUUAUCUUCUGGGAUGCACUGAUAUUGGGGAUAACAGCCUCAGCAACAGGAGCAGCCGGAAGUGUUGCAUAUAUUGGUCUAAAGGGAAACAGUCAUGUGGGUUGGAUUAAAGUUUGCGAUGUCUACGACAAGUUCUGUAGGCAUCUUGCUGGCUCCAUAGCAGUGGCUUUGUUUGGCAGCAUUGUGACUGUCCUGCUCAUCUGGCUUUCAGCUUUCACCAUUCACAGUCGAGUCUCCAAGUAG